AUGGAAUCCACCUCAGAUAAGUUAUGGCCUUUGGAUAUGAUGGCCUCGAUCCUAAAGGGCGUAAAAUUCCAGCAGUCCAACGGGUCGGCGGAGGUAGCAGGGCAGCCGGCGGUGUUGACGAAGUUGAUGGAGAAUAGGGACCUGAUGAUGGUCUUAACCACUUCUGUGGCUGUGCUGAUCGGAUGCGUUGUGGUGUUAGUCUGGCGGCGGGUUGCAGGAUCAGCUACGAAGAAGGCGGUGGAGCCGCCUAAAGUGGUAGUGCCAAAGGCGGUGAUGGAGCCAGAGGAAGCUGACGAUGGAAAGAAGAAGGUCACUAUCUUCUUCGGAACUCAGACUGGUACCGCAGAAGGCUUUGCCAAGGAACUCGCUGAGGAAGGUAAAGCUAGAUAUGACAAGGCUAUAUUUAAAGUAAUUGAUUUGGAUGAUUAUGCAGCAGAUGAUGAGGAGUACGGGGAGAAGUUAAAGAAAGAAAGUUUGGCAUUCUUCUUCUUAGCCACAUAUGGAGAUGGUGAGCCUACUGACAAUGCAGCGAGGUUCUAUAAGUGGUUUGCAGAGGGAGAAGGGAGAGGAGACUGGCUCAAGAACCUUAAUUAUGGAGUAUUUGGCCUUGGAAACAGACAAUACGAGCAUUUCAACAAGAUUGCUAAAGUCGUGGAUGAGCUUGUCGCUGAACAAGGUGGGAGACAACUUGUCCCAGUGGGUCUUGGAGAUGAUGAUCAAUGCAUUGAAGAUGACUUUGCUGCAUGGCGUGAGUUAUUGUGGCCUGAGUUGGAUUUUUUUCUCCGUGAUGAGGAUGAUGCAACUGUUAAUACUCCAUACACUGCUGCUGUCCCAGAAUAUCGUGUUGUUUUUCAUGAUCGCCCAGAUGCGUCAAUUCUGAAGAAUGGAUCAAUUCAUGUCAAUGGUCAUACCAUUUAUGAUGUUCAACAUCCUUGCAGAGCUAAUGUGGCUGCGAAGAAGGAGCUUCACACUACAGCAUCCGAUCGUUCUUGCACUCAUUUGGAAUUUGAUAUUUCUGGCACUGGACUUGCGUAUGAAACCGGGGACCAUGUUGGUGUCUACUGCGAGAAUUUGAUCGAAACCGUGAUGGAGGCAGAAAGGUUACUAAAUUUGUCCCCUGAUACUUACUUCUCCAUUCACACUGAUAAAGAGGAUGGCACCCCACUCAGCGGAAGCUCCUUACUACCUCCCUUCCCACCUUGCACGCUAAGAACUGCACUUGCUCAAUAUGCAGAUCUCUUGAGUUCUCCGAAAAAGUCUGCCUUAAUUGCUUUAGCGGCACAUGCUUCUGAUCCAAGUGAAGAAGAUCGACUAAGAUAUCUUGCAUCCCCUUCUGGAAAGGAUGAAUAUGCACAGUGGGUAGUUGCAAGUCAGAGAAGCCUGCUCGAGGUCAUGGCAGAAUUUCCAUCUGCCAAACCUUCACUUGGUGUCUUCUUCGCAGCCAUUGCGCCACGUCUGCAGCCUAGAUAUUAUUCUAUCUCAUCCUCCCCAAAGAUAGCACCCUCUAGGAUUCAUGUAACUUGUGCACUGGUCUACGAGAAAACACCUGUUGGAAGAAUUCAUAAGGGUGUCUGCUCAACGUGGAUGAAGAAUGCUGUUUCUUUGGAGGAAAGCGUAGACUGCAGUUGGGCGCCCAUUUUUGUUAGGCAAUCUAACUUCAAACUCCCGGCUGAUCCUAAAGUGCCAAUCAUAAUGAUCGGCCCUGGUACGGGCUUGGCUCCAUUUAGGGGUUUCCUUCAGGAAAGAUUAGCCCUUCUCGAAUCAGGAGUAGAGCUUGGUCCUGCUAUAUUAUUUUUCGGCUGCAGAAACCGUAAAAUGGACUUCAUUUAUGAGGAAGAAUUGAGUAAGUAUGUUGAAGCUGGUGUAAUUUCCGAGCUAGUGAUAGCUUUCUCACGUGAAGGACCAGCUAAGGAAUAUGUGCAGCAUAAGAUGACGGAAAAGGCUUCAGAUAUCUGGAACAUGAUUUCCGAGGGAGGUUACUUAUAUGUCUGCGGUGAUGCCAAAGGAAUGGCCCGGGAUGUUCACCGAACUCUUCACACUAUUAUGCAAGAGAAGGGAUCUCUGGACACCUCUAAAUCUGAGAGCAUGGUAAAGAAUCUGCAAACAACUGGACGGUAUCUGCGUGAUGUAUGGUGA